AAAAACGCAGAUGGGAGCUAUCUGUGAGCGCGCGCUGCGAGGGGCGGGGCUUCCGUGAAGCGCGAGGGGUAUUUAAAACCGCCUGAGAGAAAUCUCCUCAGAGCAGUGUAGAAAGUCACUGGAGGAGUGUGCUUAAAGAUGGCAUAUUACGAACACAUCGUCUUUGAAGAUGAUUUAUCGGCUGAUAACAGCUCCGAGUUCGGCUCGGGGGACAUUGGAGUCAACUUUGAGGUUCCGUGCGACUUGGAGGUCAGUCACGAGUUCCAGAGGAUCUUUCUUCCGACCGUAUACGGAAUCAUAUUUGUUUUGGGUCUCAUCGGGAACGGACUGGUGGUUCUGGUAAUGGGCUGCCAGAAGAAAUCCAGAACCAUGACGGACAAGUACCGCCUGCACCUUUCAGUGGCGGACCUUCUGUUUGUGCUCACCCUGCCGUUCUGGGCCGUGGACGCGGCCAAAGACUGGUACUUCGGAGGGUUCAUGUGCGUGGCCGUGCACAUGAUCUACACGGUGAAUUUAUACAGCAGCGUCCUGAUACUCGCCUUCAUCAGCCUGGACCGCUACCUCGCCGUGGUGCGCGCCACGAAUAGCCAAGGACCGAGGAAACUCCUGGCCAAUCGCAUCAUUUACCUGGGCGUGUGGCUCCCCGCCGCGCUCCUCACCGUCCCGGACCUGGUGUUCGCCAAAGCGGAGAGCAGCUCUCUCCGCACCUUCUGCGAGCGCAUCUACCCGGAGGAGUCCCUCACGAUCUGGGUGGUCGUCUUCCGCUUCCAGCACAUCCUGGUGGGCUUCGUGCUGCCGGGGCUCGUGAUUCUCAUCUGCUACUGCAUCAUCAUUUCCAAGCUGUCGCGCGGCUCCAAGGGCACGCAGAAGCGCAAGGCGCUCAAGACCACCGUGGUUCUGAUCCUGUGCUUCUUCGUCUGCUGGUUGCCCUAUUGCGGGGGGAUCCUGCUGGACACGCUGAUGAUGCUGGGGGUGAUUCCCCACAGCUGCGAGUUCGAGCAGGGCCUGCAGAAGUGGAUCUUCGUGACGGAGGCUCUCGCGUACUUUCACUGCUGCCUCAACCCCAUCCUUUACGCGUUUCUGGGGGUGAAGUUCAAGAAGUCCGCCCGCAGCGCUCUGUCCCCCAGCCGGGGAUCCAGUCUGAAAAUUCUGCCCAAGAAGAGAGGAGGAAUGUCAUCCGUGUCAACAGAAUCCGAGUCUUCUAGCUUUCACUCUAGUUAACACAAGCACGCUCAUUUCGGACUGUGGCUAUACCCAAAUAUUAUAUUAAUGACAUGAAAUUAACAGGAAGAAUACAGGCUGAGCCUGAGUGAAAAGUUGUAAAUAUGUCUGUCAGUGAGGCAUCGCAUGACUGACUUCCAGUAUUACUGUAAAAUGUCUCUUUGUAGUGAGAAGAGGUAUUGUAGACAUGUGUUGAUAAGAUGUUUACUGUAUAUAUCAUGUAUAUAGAUUGUUUUUAUCUGGUUCCUUUCUGCACUUACGUAGACCAUUGCAUUUAUUUAUUACGUGAUAAUAGGACUCGAAUAGGGUCCGUUCAAGUUUUAAAAGCUGCUUUGGCAAUUUGAAGUCUUCUCAAUAAAAUUUUUGAGUACUCAAAAAA